ACUUGGGCCCAACUUUUGAUGGAUUAAGUGACAAUGGCUCAGGCAGAAGUUCAGAUGGAAAUUGAAAGAAUUUGCUGUUCCAUCUGUCUGGAUCAACUGAAGGAUCCGGUGGCUAUUUCCUGUGGACACAACUACUGCAUGAACUGUAUUAAAACCCACUGGGAUGAAGAGGAUGAGAAGAAACUCUACAGCUGCCCUCAGUGUAGGCAGACCUUCACACCGAGGCCUGUCCUGGUGAAGAACACCAUGUUGGAAGAUUUAGUGGAAGAGAUGAAGAAGACUGGACUCCAAGCUGCUCCUGCUGAUCACUGCUAUGCUGGACCUGAAGAUGUGGCCUGUGAUGUCUGCACUGGGAAGAGACUGAAGGCCUUUAAGUCCUGUCUGGUGUGUCUGGCUUCUUACUGUGAGAAACAUCUUCAGCCUCAUUAUGACUCACCAACAUUUAAGAAACACACGCUGGUGGACCCCUCCAACAAGCUCCAGGAGAGCAUCUGCUCUCGUCACAAUGAGGUGAUGAAGAUGUUCUGCCGUAAUGAUCAGCAGUGUAUCUGUUAUCUCUGCUUAAUGGAUGAACACAAAAGCCAUGACACAGUCUUAGCUGCAGAAGAAAGGACCGAGAGGCAGAAAGAGCUGGAGGGGAGUCGACUUAACAUCCAGAAGAGAAUCCUGAACAGGGAGGACAACCUGAAGCUGCUCCAUCAGGAGGUGGAGGCCAUCAACAUCUCUGCUGAUGAAACAGUGGAGCACAGUCAGCAGAUCUUCACUGAGCUCUUCUGUCUCAUGGAGGAAAGAAGAUCUGAUGUGGAGCAGCAGGUCAGAUCCCAGCAGAGAACUGAAUUGAGUCGAGUCGAAGAGCUUCAGGAGAAAGUGGAGCAGGAGAUCACUGAGCUGAAGAAGAGUGACGCUGAGCUGAAGAAGAUCUCACACACAGAGGAUCUCAACCAGUUUCUACUCAACUACCCCUCACUGUCACCCCUCAGUGAGUCCACAGUCUCAUCCAGCAUCAACAUCCGUCCUCUGAGAUACUUCAAGGACGUGAAAACGUUUGUUUCAGAAGUCAGAGAUGAACUACAGGACGUCCUGACAGAGAAAUGGACAAAUAUCUUACUGAUGGUGAGUAAAGUGGAUGUGUUCCUGCCACAAGCAGAGCCCAAGACCAGAGCUGGAUUCUUAAAGUAUUCACGUAAAAUCACACUGGAUCCAAACACAGCAAACACACGGCUGUUAUUAUCUGAUGGGAACAGAAAAGCAACAUUUAUGAGUGGAAACCAGUUUUAUUCUAGUCACCCAGAAAGAUUCAGUGAUUAUAAUCAGGUCCUGAGUAGAGAGAGUCUGACUGGACGUUGUUACUGGGAGGUGGAGAAAGGUCUGGGUGGAAUUCAUCUUGUAGUAGCAUACAAAGACCAUAACACUGUAAAUGUGAAAUUUGGAGAGAGUAAGAAGUCGUUUGCAUUAGGUUUUUUCAAACAGCGUUAUGAAUUUAAACAUAACAAAGUCCUCACUACUAUCUCAGCUCCUCACUCCUCCAUUGUUGGAGUGUACCUGGAUCACAGAGCAGGUAUUCUGUCCUUCUACAGCGUCUCUGAAACCAUGACUCUCAUCCUCAGAGUCCAGACCACAUUCACUCAGCCUCUAUACGCUGGACUUGUUAUGUGUGGUCCAAUUGGAUGCACUGCUGAACUGUGUGAGUUGACAGGGGCAAACCUGGUCAAAUAGAUAAUGUGGGAACCAGAAUGUUGCCUUUCUGUUUAUUCUUGUUUUAAGCGCUUAGCACAGUGGUACCUGGUGUUUGCUCUUCCUGUGACUGCUCGUGCUAUAACUAAGCCUGCGACACUACAGAGCCCUAAAAGGGACAUGGGCAAAACUCAGAGGUGCUCACAGGGGUCUUAAAAGAUGAGGACUUUCCUAUCGGAAAAAGAUUUUCCUAUGAAAAAGGGUCACCGAUUGAAAGUCCUUUAAUACACUGAAAAUGAUGUACAUUUUUAUAAGAUCCUUGAUAAAUACUUCACUUAAAGUCCUGUUUUUAAAUAUUCCAUUUAUAUAUUUGCAGUAAACAUAAGAAAAUGAACUACUGUUUUAUCUUUAAAUCGGACCAAAUUGAUGGACACCUUUUUCUUUCUUUUUAUUGUUGUAGGUCUGGCACAUACUCUCUCUAUUAAUUUUGAGUAUACUUUGCAUAAAAAAUAUGUAAUAUAUACC